GCACCUCCCUGGUUCAUUAUGUGGCGAGUUCCUGGUCUUCUCUGCGUGAACGUUGCGAGGAAGAGCAAACUCACGGGACCUUUGAACAGGCCUGCCGCCUUCAUGUCCACUCUGCUCAUCAAUCAGCCCCAGUAUGCUUGGCUGAAGGAGCUGGGGCUCCGCGAGGAAAACGAGGGCGUGUAUAAUGGAAGCUGGGGAGGCCGGGGAGAGGUUAUCACCAGCUAUUGUCCUGCUAACAAUGAGCCGAUAGCGAGAGUCCGACAGGCCAGCAUGGCUGACUAUGAAGAAACUGUAAAGGAAGCAAGAGAAGCAUGGAGAAUCUGGGCAGAUAUACCUGCUCCAAAGCGAGGAGAAGUAGUGAGACAGAUUGGUGAUGCCUUGCGGGAGAAGAUCCAAGUACUAGGAAGCUUGGUGUCUUUGGAGAUGGGGAAGAUCUUAGUGGAAGGUGUGGGAGAAGUUCAAGAGUACGUGGAUAUUUGUGAUUAUGCUGUUGGCUUAUCUCGGAUGAUUGGGGGACCCAUCCUGCCUUCUGAAAGACCUGGACAUGCGCUCAUUGAACAGUGGAAUCCUUUAGGCCUGGUUGGAAUCAUAACUGCAUUCAACUUCCCUGUGGCGGUGUAUGGCUGGAACAACGCCAUCGCCAUGAUCUGUGGGAAUGCCUGCCUUUGGAAAGGAGCUCCAACAACUUCCCUCAUUAGUGUAGCUGUCACAAAGAUAAUAGCCAAGGUUCUGGAGGAUAACAAGCUGCCUGGUGCGAUUUGUUCCUUGACAUGUGGUGGAGCAGAUGUUGGCACAGCUAUGGCCAAAGAUGAGCGAAUGAACCUGCUGUCCUUCACUGGGAGCACUCAGGUGGGAAAACAAGUGGCUCUUAUGGUGCAGGAGAGGUUUGGGAGAAGUUUAUUAGAACUUGGAGGAAACAAUGCAAUUAUAGCCUUUGAGGAUUCGGACCUCAGCUUAGUCGUUCCCUCAGCUCUCUUUGCAGCCGUGGGGACAGCCGGCCAGAGGUGUACCACUGCGAGGCGCCUGUUUUUACAUGAAAGCAUUCACGAUGAAGUUGUUAAUAGACUUAAAAAGGCCUAUGCACAGAUCCGUGUUGGGAACCCAUGGGACUCUAAUGUUCUCUAUGGGCCACUCCACACCAAACAGGCAGUGAGCAUGUUUCUUGGAGCAGUGGAGGAAGCAAAGAAAGAAGGUGGCACCGUGGUCUAUGGUGGCAAGGUUAUGGAUCGCCCUGGAAAUUAUGUAGAACCGACAAUUGUGACAGGCCUUGACCACAAUGUGUCUAUUGUACACACAGAAACUUUUGCCCCGAUUCUUUAUGUCUUUAAAUUCAAGAAUGAAGACGAGGUCUUUGCAUGGAAUAAUGAAGUAAAACAGGGACUUUCAAGUAGCAUCUUUACCAAGGAUUUGGGCAGAAUCUUUCGCUGGCUUGGCCCAAAAGGAUCAGACUGUGGCAUUGUAAAUGUCAACAUUCCAACAAGUGGGGCUGAGAUUGGAGGUGCAUUUGGAGGAGAGAAGCACACUGGCGGUGGCAGGGAGUCUGGGAGUGAUGCCUGGAAACAGUACAUGAGAAGAUCUACUUGUACCAUCAACUACAGUAAGGACCUGCCUCUGGCCCAAGGAAUCAAGUUUCAGUAAAGUUGCUUUCAAUUGACAUUUCAAGUGUUUCAGGCAUUGUUGCAUCUCUUUUUUCUGAAGAAGAUGAAGAAAAUUACUAUUUGCCUUGAAUAAAUGGAUCAUUUUGAAU